AGUAAUCCGGAUACUUCUAGUCACGAUAUCAUCGCUUUGAAUAUAAAUAUGCGACAUGUGAUGACAUUUGCAUUAACCUCUUAACAAUUUACACUUUAUAAAAAUAAAGUUCCAGGAAAACACUGCUGUCGCCUAUUAAAUAUCGCCGUAAUCUUAGGAUUACCGACUUUCUGCAGAAUAACGGGGUGUUUUCAUGUUAUAAUUUCUUAAUAUCACCAGUGUUCAGAAGGUGUUUUCUACUCUGGUUUUAUUUCUUAAAAGUUUAAUUUUUCAAAAUGCCCGAAUAUCGUGAGAGAGAAAAGUGGGGGAACAAGACCGAGUUUAUGUUGUCUUGCAUUGGGUUCUCCAUCGGUCUUGGGAACGUCUGGAGAUUUCCAUAUCUUUGUUAUAAGAAUGGCGGAGGUGCUUUUCUGAUUCCAUAUGGCGUGUGUCUCGUCACUGGAGGAGUGCCAGUCUUUUUCUUGGAGAUAGCCUUGGGCCAGUACUUCAGUCAGGGAGGAAUCACAGUAUGGGACAUAUGCCCCCUCUUGAAGGGUAUUGGAUAUGGAACAACCAUCAUCUGUUUCUUCCUCAACAUCUACUACAUUGUGAUUUUAAGCUGGGCGGUUUUGUAUCUGUUUCACUCGUUUACGUCAUCGUUGCCAUGGGCUUCAUGUAAUAAUGACUGGAAUACUAAGAACUGUUGGAGUCAGAGUAAUGUGAGUUUAGAAGCUAACAACUGGACAUCUGGAGAAAAAACUGUGGAUCCAGUUGUGGAAUUCUGGGAAAGAAAAAUUCUGAAAAUCUCAAGUGGUAUUGAUGAACCGGGAACCGUGAACUGGGACUUAGCUCUGUGUCUUCUAUUGGUGUGGAUCCUCUGUUAUUUUUGUAUAUGGAAAGGUGUUAAAUCCACAGGAAAGGUAGUAUACUUCACAGCCUUAUUUCCAUACGUUAUGCUGACAGUACUGUUGAUUAGAGGAGUAACGCUUCCUGGUGCUAGGGAAGGGAUUCUCUUUUAUCUCUACCCAGAUUUCUCUCGCCUGUUGGACGGCCAGGUUUGGAUCGAUGCAGGAACACAGAUCUUCUUCUCCUAUGCCAUUGCUUUAGGAUGUAUGACAGCACUUGGAAGCUACAACGAUUUUCAUAACGACUUUUAUAAACAGUGCAUCAUCAUUGCUUGUUGUAACAGUGCUACGAGUCUUUACUCUGGUUUUGCCAUCUUUUCUGUUUUGGGUUUCAUGGCGAAUCAACAAGGUUUAUCCAUACAAGAAGUGGCUGAGUCAGGUCCAGGUCUGGCGUUUAUUGCCUAUCCUAAAGCUGUUACGGAGAUGCCGUUGUCACCUGUUUGGGCUAUUUUGUUCUUCUUCAUGGUCCUCAUUCUUGGCCUGGAUAGUCAGUUUGUAGGUAUAGAAGGAUUCAUAACUGCUGUGGUGGACCUGUUCCCCCAUAUCCUCAGAAAGGGCUAUAGAAGAGAAUAUUUCAUUGCACUUGUUUGUUCAGUAUCGUUUCUUCUUGGGUUGGCGCUGGUUUCAGAAGGUGGAAUGUACGUAUUCCAACUAAUGGACUACUACAGCGCUAGUGGGAUGACUCUUCUGUGGUUCUGCUGUUUUGAAAGUAUUGCAGUUGCCUGGAUUUUUGGGGUCGAUCGUUUCUAUGACAACAUAGAAGAGAUGCUUGGUUACCGUAUCAAUCCAUGGUUACGCUGGUGUUGGCUGUACUUUACUCCCCUAAUUACAGCUGGUAUAUUCCUGUUCAGCAUCAUCACAUACAAACCGUUGACUUACAACGUCUUCUACCAGUAUCCAGACUGGGCUAUUGCUGUUGGAUGGCUUAUGGCUCUUGCAUCUAUGGUGUCCAUUCCGUUUUUCGCCAUCUACAAGCUCUUCUCUACUCCGGGAACAUUUAAACAGCGAUGGUUUUUCCUUACAACUUCAACAUUGAAACCUAAUAAACCUGAAGAUAGAUUAGAAGUUGCUUUAAAACCUGUCGAAAGCGUUUCACAAAAUCCAACCGACCUCUCAGAUCCACCACCUUACAGUUCUAUAGCAGUGGAUAGUGAACCUACGUUAUUAAAAUAAAUUUUGUAUCAGCGAUUAAUGAACUUAUGUUACCAAAAUAAAUUUUGUAUCAGAGAGCGUGUGAACCUAAAUAUCCAAUACAAACUUUGUAUCAGCGAUUAGUGAACCUACAUUCCCAAAAUAUACUUUGUAUCAAUGGUUGUGUAAACCUACAUUUCCAAAGUAAAUUAUUUAGUAGCGGAUGUGUGAACCUUAUUAAAUAAAAUUAUCUUUGUAUCAGCGGGUGUGUGAACCUACACUGCCAAAAUAAACUUUGUAGCAGUGGGUAUAUAAAUCUAUAUUUCCAAGAUGAACUCUGCAGCAAGGGGUGUGUAAACCUAUACUAACAAUAUAAAUUCUACAGAAGUGGUUAAAGUGCUUGAAAUAGAACACUUGCCCGAGGCUAGGAAAAUGGUAUUUUUAGUGUAUCAACCUAGUUAUCUUAUAUACAAGAAAGGUUUUUGAAAAUAAUAACAAACAUUUUUUAGCUCUUUUAUGUCUGACUGUAAAAACCACUACAUUAGAUAAUGUUGCAAAGUAGGCCUGACUUUAAAUAACACUGUAGUAGAAAGUGUUGGAAAUUAGGCCUGACUUUAAAUAACACUGUAGUAGAAAGUGUUGGAAAUUAGGCCUGACUUUAAAUAACACUAUAGUAGAUAAUGUUAGAAAGUAGCCCUGACUUUAAAUACUACUACAGUAGAUAAUGUUUGGAAAGUUUGGACAGACCGUCCUUAAAGAAUACUGUAGUAGAUGAUGUUGGAAAAUAGGUCUGUCAUUAAAUAAUACUGUAGUGGAUAAUAUUGGAAAGUAGGCCUGACUGUAAAAAUAUAGUUUGAUGAUCUUAGUUUUACAUUUUAUAUAUUUGUUUCUUGCAUAAUUUCUAUAUAUAAGUAUGUCUUGUUUGAGGUCAAUUUUCCUAUUUUGAAAUUCAAGUAAUCAAUUUUUGAAUCUUACUCUGUAUAUACUUUUGCUACAGAGAUCGAAUGUAGAAGUAAAACUGAUUCGUUUUAACAGAUGUAACGGACGAGGCCUAACUUGACGAAAUGUUACAUUAUUACUACGAAUAAUUUUUUUGUUAAAGCUCAUAUUUAGAGUUACAAGGCAUAUAUAUAUAUAAGUAUAGUGAACACGUAUUUGUUAGAACUUUGUCUUGUUGUCGGCUUUUUUGUGUAAAAAAUAAAGGCAAGUUUGUUUUCUUUAAAGAAUAAACCGUAGCUACCCUACAGUAACAAAUGAAAUAUUGUGUUGUUUAGACUAUGUUGAAAUUUCAGAAUAUCAAUAACAAUUAGAUGCAGAGCAUAAGUUAGGAUUCAUCAUUUUAGGAAUGUGGUGUUCGUAGAGAAAGAACUCUGUACCAGUCUUUUUAGUCAUUUGUCAAUAAUUCAAUAGGGCGAAUAAACUAUACAACAUCUGUCUAGUUUAAAUAUCUUUUAUUAUUAUUUUUUACUUAUAGCGAUUCUCACUCUCUAUUCGCUAGAUUUUACACUACUAAUUACAACCCUCUCGAAUAAAAAUAUUGAACCCUAAGUACAAUCCCCUCACGUGUAAAAGCGCUGAACCUCGAGCUCAACAAAGCCUCUUCAUUUAAAAAUGCUAAACUAAACCCUUAGUAUAUUUCGUCUUCUAAACAUUUAAUACAAAUCCUUUCGGCUACAUAAUAAUCUCGGAGUAUAACCUUUUCCCAACCAGAGUAUAUUCCUUUCCUGACUUAAAACGUUAUGCCUGGAGCAUAUUCCACCCUGCCUAAAAAUGUUAUACACCGAGUACAUUCCUCUCCUGUUUAUAAACAUUACACUUCGACGCAUUCCCUUCCUCCGUUAAAAUCUUAUACUCCGAGUGCAUUCCUUUCCUGUUUAUAAACAUUAUACUUCGACGCAUUCCCUUCCUCCGUUAAAAUCUUAUACUCCGAGUACAUUCCUCUUCUGUUUAUAAACAUUACACUUCGACGCAUUCCCUUCCUCCGUUAAAAUCUUAUACUCCGAGUGCAUUCCUCUCCUGUUUAUAAACAUUAUACUUCGACACAUUCUCUUCCUCCAUUAGAAUGUUAUACUCCGAGUACAUUCCUCUUCUUUUUAUAAACAUUAUACUUCUACACAUUCUCUUCCUCCAUUAGAAUGUUAUACUCCGAGUGCAUUCCUCUCCUGUUUAUAAACAUUAUACUUCGACACAUUCUCUUCCUCCAUUAGAAUGUUAUACUCCGAGUGCAUUCCUCUCCUGUUUAUAAACAUUAUACUUCGACACAUUCUCUUCCUCCAUUAGAAUGUUAUACUCCGAAUACAUUCCUCUCCUGCUUAUAAACAUUAUACUUCGACACAUUCUCUUCCUCCAUUAGAAUGUUAUACUCCGAGUACAUUCCUUUCCUGCUUAUAAACAUUAUACUUCGACACAUUCCCUUCCUCCAUUAGAAUGUUAUACACCGAGUACAUUCCUCUCCUGCUUAUAAACACUGUACUUUGAUACAUUCCCUUCCUCCAUUAAAACAUUAUACCCCGAGAACAUUUUUAACACAAUAAACUAAAAAGAUAAUUUGGCGUAGAGAAUUAGAAGCGAAUAAAUAGUUUGCUAAUUUUACUUGUAUAUAUAUAUUAUGUGAAGUUAGUGUUGUCUUCUAUUUGAAUGCAUUAUUUUUUUCUACAAAUCUUGUAUCGACAUAUAAACCUAAUUUUGAAUAAAGCAAAAAAUGAUUGACUAGUU